UCGAGUCAAACCACACUCAAGAAAUGGCAUCCCCGAAGGCUUUAAGAGAGUGGUGCCGCGUCACAUGCGGCAAUUACCCCAAUGUGGAGAUAAAGAACAUGUCCACCUCAUUCAGAGAUGGACUUGCAUUUUGCGCCAUCAUCCACAAACACCGACCAGACUUGAUAGAUUUCAGCUCCCUCUCCAAAGAUAAUGUUUAUCAAAAUAACAAACUGGCAUUUGAAGUUGCAGAGACAAAGCUGGGCAUCCCUGCUUUGCUCGACCCACAGGACAUGGUUUCCACUAAGGUGCCUGAUACUUUGAGCAUCAUCACCUAUCUUUUCCAGUACUACUAUUUCUUCAGCAGGAAGUCCGAUGCAGGUCUUGCCAGUUUGAGGUCAUCACACGUCACUGUCUUAGAUAGUCUCACAAAGAAUAUAGCGACUGAUGGUCUGAAACUCCUGAAGGUAACCGCUCACUAUCAUUCAUCGAGCAGAAGACCCCACACAGUGUGUCAUUUGUGUUUCAAACCUGUCCACCUUAUUCAGAGACAUCUGGUUAAUGGGAAGGUCUACCAUCGCAGCUGUUUCAGAUGCAAAGUGUGCCACAGCUCUCUUUUACCAGAGUCUUACACACAGGGGAGGGAUGCUGCCUCCUUGAUCUGCUCUCACCAUACUCCUGUUGACCUGCAUCAAUGUAUUGGAUCUACAGAUAAUUCACCCAAAUAUAAGUUUGAUGCAGGAUAUUUAUCUCUGAGUGGAUUGGCUAUCACUACCGUCCCUCAUUACCCUGAGAAAACCCAUGACAGGCUGAUUCAUAGGACGGUGGAGACAGAGUGGAGAGAAAAAGAGGAGAGGAGCAGAGAGGUGGAGGACGGUAAAAACAGAGAUUCACAGGUUGUACUUAAGAGCCCGGUAAAGCCAGCACGUCCUAAUCCUCCCCCACCUAGAGGUAAACACAACACAGAGGACGGAGCUGGAAAAACGGGACCUACGUCUAUUCUGGCAGAAGAACAGCAGGAAGUGACAAAGACUAAAGAGCCCUCUGAGCUCCCUACAGCGUGCGAACAAGUGACAGAGGGAAGUAGUCCUCCGGUUGCUGCACCCAGACACAUGUCGGACUCUUCUUCUGCCCCUGUUCCUGCACCCAGGACCAAAACAUUGCAGACGACCAGCACCGGCAGCUCCCCUACUGCAGGCAAUUCAUCCAGUCCUAGUAAAUCUUCACCUAUUUCAUCUCAUGUCACCAGCCCAACUAGUUGUAACCCUGUAGUGAAAAGCAAUCAUCCCUGGAUGGGCAUCGUCCAUCCUGGCCCCUGGACACAGCUGCCUCCCGCUCCAGCUCCGGUACCUUCUCCUCGAUCCAAAUCUGUCUGUAACCAGCAGGGGUUGUGGUACCGACCCAAACUCCCUCCUCCCAAUCCAUUUGAAGAGGAGACGGAUGAGGAUGCUCAUGAAGAGGCUGUAGAUCAAUCUAAGCCAUCGGAGACAGAUGGCCAAUCAGAGAGUGGUGAUAAUCUGGCAAAUGUAUCACUGAACACUGAUGCUUCCGUUAGCUCAAAUGAUGCUGAAAAUACUGCUUAUAAAUCUACACCUGAUGAUAAUGUGAUGGAUAAAGUCAUUCCACAAGAGGCACCAGAUCUCAAAGAUGCUGGUGGAGGUGGAGUAAGUGACAGAGCAGAGGAGGGGGACUCCAGAGGCUCCUCACCAGAGCCGAAUACCACUCCAGAGGGAGCGAAGUGUCACAUUUUCCCCAGGAGCCUUUCUGUGCCCGCUAUCACAUCUGCUGACUCUCAAAGUCCUUCCAUGCCUUCUGAGCUGACAGAGGGGAAUGAAUCUGUCACAUCAUCUCAUAGUAAGGUCUGCAAAGAGAAUCCUUUUGAUCGAAAACCUGCAAUGUCUAGGUCAAAGACUUUUCAGGGAAUCUCAUCUAGACGUGCUCCUGCCCCUGGUCAUGGCUUCCCACUCAUCAAAAGGAAGGUGCAGACAGACCAAUAUGUUUCUACAGAGGACCUGCAGGUGGAGAUGGGACAGCUGGAUAAACAUCUGGAGGCGCUGGAACAGAAAGGAGUUGAACUGGAGAGGAAUCUGAGAGACUGCAAGAAUGGUGAGUCAAAUAGUUUCUACAAAGAGGAAGAACAGAUGCUGAUGGACUGGUUCGCUCUCAUCCAUGAGAGACAUAACCUGGUGCGCAGAGAUACAGAACUGGUUUAUCUGACAAAGCAGCAGAGGUUAGAGGAGAGACAGGCAGAUGUGGAGUAUGAGCUGAGAUGUCUCCUUAAUAAACCAGAGAGCGAUUGGAGUGAGGAGGAUCGAAGUCAAGAACAGCAGCUGAUGGGCGAGCUGGUCUCUGUCAUCGAACAGAGGAACCAGAUCAUCAGCAGCUUGGAUCAGGACAGGCAGAGGGAAAGAGAAGAAGAUGAGCAUUGGGAAGUCAUGAUAAAGAACAAAGACCUCCAGAAAGAUGGACUGAAAGAGAUAAAGAAGUCAAAAGGAAAGUUCAAGCCCACAAAAGUGUUUAAGAUGCUGAACCACAAAGCAUCGAGCAGCAGAGAGUCCAUGGAGAAAAAGAGCUGAAGUAUUAUGACUGAGGACUCUAGAAGAUACACACAUAGAUACAAAGACUCACACGGAUAACAAACUCAGUUACACAUCUGUUUGAUAAAAGUGUUUUACCACAGAAGAUGAUCUUAAUAUGAGCUAUAAGUUAAUAAUAUGAGUUUAUGUUCAUGUUGAAGAGUAACUCAAUAACAUAGACGAGUAUUUAGUGUAUUAAUGUAUUUUUUUUCUCCUGCACAUUUCCUUACUUGUUC